AUGAUAGUCGGUCGCCCCGUUGUGCUCUGGUUGGUGAUGCCCAUGGAUGUGGCCACUUUCUUGUUUGGCCACGCUCCAAAGCCUAAAAUGCCCAAAACGCCACACGCUAGACGCCUCGAUUUCACAAACUUUCGGCAACCCAAAACUCCUGAGGCCUUGAGCAGAGAAAUCGGGUCCGGUUUCGCGACCCGAGUCGAAGGAGAAGUGGGUAGCCCUCAGUCCUUACUGAAAACGUCAGUCUAUGAGGCAGCCGAUAAAAUUCUUGGAUGCACACAGCGGCACUACAAUGACUGGAUCAGCGGACGAAUCCUGCAGUUUUCUGCGAAGACAGCCCGAGCUAGGGACCGUAAUGAUAAUCCUUCCGCCAUAUAA